AAAGUUUUUGUAUGUAAAAAUUUAAUAAUGAUCCCGUCUUGGUUUUAGUUAGUUAAUUAAAGCCUUAAAAUCAGUCCCAAAUUUUCUAAUAAUGUUAAAAUAUAUUAAUAUUGUACUGCUAUGUUAUUUAGCAUGUACGUGUGCAUUAUCCUUCAACCAAGUUCCAGUUAUGUUGUUUUCCUGUGGUCAAACAAAUUUAGGAACUAUUGCUAAAUAUCAACAUGCUAUGGAUAGUGAUGAAUUUACUGAUUUAAUAAUGAAAUUAGCUACCAAAGAUGUAAAGUUUGCUACAUUUUACGAAAAUUCAUUAAGUUUAGAAGAUUUCAGAUGGAGAGGUAUUGAUGGCCGAAGUGUUUUUCCUUUGUUAGAGGCAUUUGUUAAUCGUCGUUUUAUUCCUUCAGUACCUGAACCAAAUAAAGCAAUUCAAUUGUUAAAAAAUUAUGGAUAUUUCUUUGAAAAUUUCAAAAAUGAUGUUAUUUUACCUAAUUUAGAAAAACUUGUAUUAUCAGUUGAAUUAGAAGAUGCCAAAUCAUCUGAAGAAAGACAAGAAAUGUUGGGUAGACAUGAUUUGAAAAUUGUACAGUCUUUUGAAGAAAUGUGUGAAAAAUACGAAAAUGUGAUUGGUAUAUUAACUGGAAAUCGAAAUGCCUGGAUUGAAUCAAAUGAUUUUGCACAUCAUUUAGUAGCUAGGCAUUUAAUGGAAAUUGAUGAUAAAAAACCUUUAGUAUUAAAAGGUAAAGACAAAGUUUUAAUAUUCUCCCAAAAUUAUCCGACCUUAUCAAUUAAUGGAAGUCCUGCUAUUGAACUUGAAGAACCAAGUUCUGCUGGUGAAAAUGUAUACAUGGAUGACUCACGAGAUAAUAUGUUAAAAGUCACCAAGACAUUAAUGGGAAAUGAUUCAAAAAUUACAUUACGUUUCCGUUUUGUAAAACAAUCAUUUAAUUGGCAGUUGGAAUAUAUUGAACUUGAAAGAAUUAAUGAAAAAUCUGUUUUUUUGUAUCCACAAAAGACUAUAGAAUCACAAUUAGGCAUGUCUUAUUUCAUUGAAGGACCUGUUGUUUUUAAAAAUGAUUCAAUUGUUUUGACAUUUAAUGGAAAAUUUCAGGUUCAACCAUGGAUUCCCUCCUCAACAGAAAGCAUUAAAUUUGGUGAACCUCAAGAACAAGAUGCAUUUUUCACUCCUCCAAUAUUAGCGGGAUUAUUUGUGACAGCACUACUAUUGUUUAUUGUAACAUGGGGUAUUAUGAUGAUAAUGGAUAUUAAAACAAUGGAUAGAUUUGAUGAUCCUAAGGGCAAAACUAUAACAAUCAAUGUUGUUGAAUAAUUGUACAUUCCAUUUAUGAUGUUGAUUAAGUAUUUAUUUAAAAGUUUAUUAAAAAAAUAGUAAUACUUAAUCUUAAGUUGUACUUUGUUAUAUUUAGGAAUUUAUUUGUAGAUAAAAUUAAUGAACAGUAUCCUCCUUGUACAAUACCAAUAUUUGAGUUUUUGUUAAGAUAUGUUUUAAAUUUUUGGCGUAUUUAAUAUAAUAAAUUAGUUUUCUAAAUUUUAAUUUAAUUAAUUUUUA